AUUGUCACUUUCUUGUUCUUCCAUGCCACUGAAUUAAAUCCAAAAUUCUGGAAAAAGCACAAAAUUCCGAAUCGACGACCAACCCAUACUCGAAAAAGCUUCUUCCUUUCGAUUUUCGAUUCAAGUUCUGCUGCGGAAUUGGCGGAUGAUGCUAGUUCUUCAUCCGCCCUUUGCUUCUCCCAAUCCGAUCGUUUUAUGCAGAGACUUGGGCAAAUCUCUGACCGUGUCUCCCUCGCCAUGCCCUCUUCUCUUCCCUUCCAAGUUGAGGCCCUCGGCUUCUCCGAAACGCCGUUGCUCCAAGAACGAGAACACCCAUGAAGCUUCUUUUCAGGGUUUUCCGGCGCUGGCGUCAGAUGUUCCGUGGGACGGUGAGGGCGUGUGGAGCACGUUUGCGUUUUACUUGCUCAGUUUGCAUAUUCCUCUGAGCUUUGGAGGUCUGUCCGUGGUUGCCCAUGUGCUUCGCCGGCCUGUUCUUGAUCCACAGACAGCAGUCAACAAUCUCAUACUCAAGGAGAUCCUCCUAAGCAGCGACAUUUCAAGAGCGGCUUGUGUUCUUGUCUUCUGCAUCAUCACCCCUUUGUUGGAAGAAAUUGUUUACCGGGGCUUUCUGCUGACAUCUAUCUCGUCCACAUCAAAGUGGCAGCAGGCCGUUCUCUUGAGCUCCGCUAUCUUUAGCGCCGUUCACUUCUCAGGCGAGAAUUCCUUGCAGUUGUUCGUCAUCGGGUGCAUUCUCGGCUGCUCUUAUUGUUGGAGCGGAGACUUGAGUACAUCCUUCCUCAUUCAUUCCUUGUACAACGCACUGAUCCUCAUAAUAACAUAUACAUCAUAAAAGAUUUUGGAUUGA